CGCGAAGUCUCGCCGGCUGUUGGGGUAACUCGUUCCAUUUGAGAUGCUAGUUACUAGUUAAGUUCCGCCGUUAAUAAACAUUAUUUGUGUGGAAUGUUUUGCUUUGACAGCCUUGAACAAAUCGGGUGCCUGUUGUGGUGAAUCUUUUGACAGUUUUCAAGUUGUUCCUGUGACUGCUGCCUUCUCAAUGAGGUACAGAGGAGCUCAGAUCUGUCGCUGGACUCAUGGCUCCUGCUGCUUUUCCCGCCACUCCCUGUCUGGAUCUCUGUACGGCAGAAUUACUCUAGUCCGCAGCUACAGUGCUCCACAUCAGCCUGGUUCUCCACCAGCACCACCUGCUGACCCUGCACCUCCUGAUGGGAAGAGUGGAGGUGAGGUGGUGAAGGAGCGCGCCCUGGCUGCCUUACAGCAUGCAGGUGAGCUGGGGCAGCAAUGGGGUCGGAGGUCAAGUCAAGCGGCCAGUGCCACCAUAAAUUACUGGUGGGAGAGGUACGAGGAGUUUGUCGGGAUCAUUGAAGUCCGCGUGGCUCAGACCAAGGUCACUGAGGCUGAGGCAGCCUUCAUGGUGGCCAGAGGGAUGGUGCGCGAGGCACACGCCGGCCUGGAGACUCUGCAGGUCAGACUGAAGGAGAUUCGAGACCGGCUGGACCGGGUGUCGAGGGAGGAGGCCCACUACCUGGAGCUGGCAACGCUGGAACACAAACUGCUGCAGGAGGAGCGUCGUCACCGGACAGCGUAUGAGAACGCUGAGAGUUCGGAGAGGGAGAAGUUUGCUCUGUUUUCAGCUGCUGUCAGAGAGAGCCACGAGAAGGAGAGGACGAGAGCGGAGCGAACCAAGAACUGGUCCGUCAUCGGCUCGGUGCUCGGAGCUCUGAUCGGCGUCAUGGGCUCGACGUAUAUCAACCGCGUACGACUGCAGGAGCUGAAGACUCUUCUGCUGGAGGCUCAGAAGGGUCCAGAGAGUCUGCAGGAAGCUCUCAGAGUCCAGGCCGGGAACCACCGGUCCCAGCAGGACGAGCUGCAGACGAUUAUCAACAGCCUCAGGGUGGCGCUGGGUGAGGCCUCCGUGGCGAGGCCUGUGGUCGAUCCCGCCUCACACUCGGCUGCUGUGCCUCUCUCGGCCUUCAAAGACCUUCAUACGUCCAGUCAGAAGACCCACACCCUCCUGGAGUCUCUCCCGCCGCAACUGGGACAACUGGAGCAGGGACUGGGCCGAGUCGAGGGGAAAUUAUCAGCGGUGAAGAGGCUGUUGGACGCGACGCCUCCUGCUGGUGAGCUGCACUCAGUGGGACCAGAGAGAGUGGAACAGUGGGAGGAGUCUGAGGUGGCGGCGGUGAGGCGCUUGGAGGAGACGCAGAGGACGCUGGGAGAACAGAUGAGGACAAACACGGUUUUCAGUGCUGUGUUUGCGUACACUGCCGCAGCCAUCACCGUCUCUGCCGUGUACCUGAUGCUCAGAGGCGGCAGUUAGACGAGGCACCGCCGGUCUGCGCGUGGUCACAGGUUCCAGUAACGGAGGGCGACCGAUUUGUCAGCUGAUGGGACAGUUUGCACCCUACGGACAUUUUUGAUCAUGUCAAAUUAGACACGUGGGGGGGGUUAAGGACAUGGAAGUAGCCGUGCUCCAGAUCAUGUCAUGAUAUGCAGUUAAGUAAUUUAACCCUCUCGUGACCUUCAUGAGGAUUUAUUUCGAUUUUCUGGCUGUAGAAUUAAAAAAUGUUCUGCUCCUUUUUCCAAGAUAACGUUCUAAUUCAACCGUCUAGGAAUCACAGUCCUGAGAACAUGACGUCGCAGAAGGUUCUACCGUAAUGACAAGUAUAUGAGAGCAGCACUCUGUUUCUCGGCUUUCUGGUAUCCAUCCAAUUUAUCCUCCACAUGAGGGUCACAGGGGGCGCUGUCUUAAUCCCAGCUGACAUAGGGCGAAAGGCGGAGUCACACCCUGAACAGAUCGCCAGCCCAUAGUUUCCAUAGUUGUAGAAUUUUCUUGAUAUGACAAGCAGUCUCACAGAGUUACGGUAAUGAGACGAUCACAUCACACCUCACAGAAGAGUUAAACCUCUGCACAGGAUGCAUUCAGGGAACCUCGUACAUUUGGUUUUAUUCUGCAGAUGCAGUUCACUCGUUAAAUACUUACUGCUGCUGCCACGACUAACCGGCUCAUCGUGGAAUUCAGUCUUUUUGGGGGUUGUUGUUUAUCAGCCGAUCGAUUUAAAAAUCUGAUCAAAAAUCUGAUUAUUUCAAUUCAUCCGUUAAUUAUUUUGGUUCAUAAAAUCUCACAUUGUCGGGGGGAAAAAAUGUUGUUUUGUUGUUUGCUAAAUGAAAAAAAAACAAUAAUGCUGACGUCCACAAAUGUCUUUGUGAUUUCAGUUUAUUGUCAUAGAGAAGCAAAGACACAUAUUUACAUUGAAGGAAUCUGAAGUCACACUAAAUACGCAAAGAAAACAGUGGAUGAUUGUGAUUGAAGGACAGCUUAAUGCUAACGUGCUGAGUUUGUUAGUAACAGGGAAACAUUACUUAGAUCAUGUGAAGCAUCAGUUAGUCAUCGUGACGCCAGGUCACCGUCUUCAGCUGACCACAGCGCUGUACGCUGGAGGAGGAGUCAUGGCGCUCACGUCUCCUUUCAUGUUCUGCAUCUGCACACACACACACACACACACACACACACACAGGUUACAAUCUUCUACUGGAGGUAAAGGGACAGACAACAUGUGACACAUGAUAUUUGACCUCUGACCUCUUCAGUGUAGGGAGCAGCAGUUUGUCCAGUGGCCAAAGAUUCUGCAGGUACAACAAUGAUUGAUGGUGUCUGGAAGACACACACACAGAGUUUGUUUUGUUUUAUUAAUGAUAAUUAAAUGAACAUAAAAGAUGAUCCUAAACCUGG